UAUUUUUAUCCUCAGUGGUUUGUUUGGAUCGAAGACUGGAUGGACUUGUGUAAUCAACUGGCCGGCAUUCAAAAUAUUGCCAAACGCCUAGAGAUUGAUAUAGUACCGGCAAUGGUAGGUUGGGCAUUCCACAAGGCGGGUUGGGCGCACCCCGAAUAUGAUGGCUUUGUAGUCUGUCGUGAGGUCUUGCCAGCCCUUGUGGACGCUUGGCGUGCGGAACGCAUGUCUGCUGCCGCGUCUGCCGCGGCUGAUCGAACCGAACGUGCUAUGACAAACUGGAAACGUCUGACUAGAAACUUGUUGCUAUUUGCAGCCUUUUUGACAGCAAAAGCUUUUUAUUCGCUUAUCAUAUUUCACACUAAUGUUUCCUUAAAAGCUUCGUGUCAUAUUGGAAGUUUAAACUCGUACUCAAUUUCAUUUGUCUUCGGUUUUUCAGCCAUCUAG